AUGAACUUUGUUCAGCUAGCGUUGUUCUUCCCGCUUUUUCAAAUAAUCAAUGGCAACGCAACGAGUUCAAAGUCCUUGUGGGAUGAGGAGGAGGAGGAGGAGGAAGAAAAACCCAUACUCCGCAUCCACCAUAUCAACAUUUUCGGGGACUCUCGCUAUAUGAAAGCGUUGGCCAGCAUCGACCCAAGUCGCACCCAAUUCGAACUCACUGUAUCGCUUCGCCAAGAGUUGGGCAGCAAUUUCCUGACCUUCAACCUAAAACUGCGGGUGCGACCAACGGGCAGGGGAACCUUUGUGACCCUGCUCCAGAUGAGGGCCCUGGAUCUGUGUGGAUUCUUCGCCGAGUUCUCCGGCAACCCCAUGAUGAAGUACUUCCUCCAGACGCAGGUGCAGCUGAGCGACGUCAUCGCAUGUCCUGUUCGCGCGGGAAACUACUCACUGAAGAAUGUGAGGGCCAAGGAAAUCUAUCCGCAGAAUCUGCAGAACGGAACCUACAAGUUUUUCGUGGAGGUAAUUGAGGCAACGGCCGAAAAGGUCUUUGCCCUGCAGGUGACCACCGAGAUCCGGAUUCCAAGUGGCCCCGAAUAA